GACUAUUGGCUCCUUGCACAUCAACUCUCCCAUGGAUGCGGCGAUGCAAGUGCCUCAAUUUUGACUGUAAGUUUCUUCCCCUGUUUUAUCCAGACUCAGGUCUGGAUACAGGACCCCGCUCUAGUGUGAGAGAUCUUGGAACUGGAGCCUGGCAGGCCCGACAUUCCCCUGGGCUUUGCCAUUUAUAGCAGCCAUGUGCUUCAGGCCGUCGUCGUGUCUUCCUGGUGGUUCUGGCCUUGUCUUACUCUGCAGGCAUGGAAUGGAUGGACCUGGGCCUAGGAAGCUGCCCUCAUCACUUUCCAUUCCUGGAUCAGGGCAAGGGCAAAGGCCUCUGGCAUCACUUUCAUGAUUUGUUUGUUUUCUUGUUCAGUGACUGUGUCUAAGUGCCAUUGAGAAAAAUUCCUUGUUAAAGGAAAAAUUAAGUCUAAAACAUGAGAAUGGCUCCUAUGAAAAAGAAUAUUCUCUCACAGAUCAUUGAGAAAAAUAGUCAGUGUACAUAAAUAUACACAUACGUACAUAUACAACUAACAGCCUCUGAGAACUACUUUAGACCUACAGGAGGUGGAGCCAGUCGGGAAGAAUGAAUCUUAACUCCUUGGUCUUCCCUGAGUGAUAUUUCAGGUCAGGGUUGGGCGGGCAGGUGUCUUCCUCAGCAGCAGAGGGCCACUAUCCCCUGCUAUUUGGCUGUCAUAAAAUAGGGGAAAACCCAACUCACCUAUCUGGAGAUUAAGGAGUUUAUUCUUUCUAGUGGCAACCCCUGGUCCAAGAAAAGAUAUCUUGUUUCCAUUCUAGUUUGGAAAUUCUUCCAGCAUUACACCAUGCGCUUCCAACCUUCACUUUUGGUGAGUAGGAGAUUGAAAAUUCAUUGCUCAAAAUCUGGUUCCUAGAGUUCUUGCUUAUGUUCUCUCUACUCAGUAACGGGGUAAGCAGAGCCAUGCCCCAUCUCUAGUGGUGUGCUAACUGCUUACUAAAAAAAAAUCAAGGUUUUAAAUACCUGACCACCUACAGGAUGAAUUCAGACCUUUCUUUCAUCCUGAAACCUGGUCCGAGUUCAGUUGUAUUUACCUUCAGCAUGUCUGAAAUUUUUAAAUUAACAGCUAGCACUUAAAAAUUUGGAACUAUUUUCAGACAUCUUUCAUUCUAAAAUUCAGGUUUGUAGGUUUUCUUUCCUUGGAUACUUGAAAAUUCUAGGAAAUAUAGGCCAUAAUAAUAUUUGACCACAUUGAAAUAGAGUUCAACAGUGGAAGCCCCCUUCUGUGUGAAACUAGGCCUGAUUUUCCUGUUUCACUUACCCACUCUGCCUGCAGGACCCUAUAGAUAUUUUAUAAUCCCUGUCACAGGUGAAUAAUUAUAAAAAUGAAAUUACCAGGUGAUAAACUCUAUUCUAAGCACAUUAAGUUAUUUCACCUUCACCAUAACAAGAAGGACAACAUUAUUAUUAAGCCUAUUCACUCCUUGAUAUUCUCUUAGGUAGGAAAAUGUUUUAGUAUGAAGGAAAAGUUUGGGCCAUGUUGGCAGGGGUUGAGUUACUAUUGAUCUCAUGAUCAGAUAGGCCUUGCUGAGAGGUUGAAAAUUAAGAAAAUAUACAUAAGGGAAGUGAAGAAUUAAAAGCACCUAAGGCAGAGAGAGUAUGAAAUCUUCCCAGACUCACAUAACUAAUAAUUUGCAAAGCUAUGGUUUGAAAUGAGAGCUGGAGAAACCCUGGUUUCUAUAUACUGCACGUAAGACUCGUUGAAAGAUACCAUAUCUCUGGCCCAAAGACCUUCAAUGUCAGUGCGAAACACCACUUUCCUGAGAGGGCUGGACCUGGGGGAGUGAGGGGGAUGAGGAGGGCAGUUAGAGGAGGCUCAGGAACAAGGUCCUGACCUCCUGUCUUGUCCUCUCGGAAGGCCAAGUUGGAUUGACUGCCUGCUGCCAACUCUAUAUUUUAAUCUCAGCAGGGUUUCUCUCCAUCCCUCCCCCUUCCACCUUGCCCCACCCCUACCUCCCAGCUUCCAGGCCAGUCCUCCUCUGAGUACUCCUCACAAAUCCUUCUAAUCCACUAGCAUUUCAGUGCUGCUGUUAGAGGUCUUGCGUGUGGACAGUCAGGAGACCACCCAGCCACAACUGCCUGAUUUGGCCCAUAGUCCUUCACUCAUGGGAAACAGCAAAAGUGGAGCCCUCUCCAAGGAAAUCCUAGAGGAGCUGCAGCUGAACACCAAGUUUACGCAGGAGGAGCUAUGUGCCUGGUACCAGUCCUUCCUGAAGGAGUGCCCCACGGGCCGAAUCACUCAGCAAGAGUUUGCCAGCAUCUACGCAAAGUUCUUCCCCGACGCUGACCCUAAAGCCUAUGCCCAACAUGUGUUUCGUAGCUUUGAUGCCAACAGUGACGGCACCCUGGACUUCAAGGAGUAUGUGGUCGCCCUGCAUAUGACCACUGUGGGCAAGACCAGCCAGAAGCUUGAGUGGGCCUUCUCACUCUAUGACGUGGAUGGCAAUGGAGCCAUUAGCAAGGGCGAGGUGCUGGAGAUUGUCAUGGCUAUUUUCAAAAUGAUCAGUCCUGAAGAUGUGAAGAACCUUCCUGAUGAUGAAAACACCCCAGAAAAGCGAGCUGAGAAGAUCUGGGCAUUCUUUGGAAAGAAAGAUAAUGAUAAACUUACAGAGGAAGAAUUCAUCGAUGGAACCAUGGCCAAUAAGGAAAUUCUGCGACUGAUUCAAUUUGAGCCUCAAAAAGUGAAGGAAAGAGUAAAAGAAAAGAAACCCUGAUGUCAUCUACUCAGCUUUCCUCAUCUCACACACACUAGCACACUCACACCAACUCUCUGUACCUCUUUCCUUUUCCCUUCUCUCCCUCCCUCACUCUACUUCCCCCCCCCUUUCUCUUCUCUCUCUCUCUCACACACACAUACACACAUGCACACAGUUAAACACAGGGGCUAAUAGAUGUGCCUCCAUACUCACAGCACAUCAUACCCACAGCCCAGUUUCCUGAUACAUGGAAAUGUGUUUAGCAGGCCACAGGGUCUUUCUUUCCUUUGUCUUUAGAGCCUUCCUGCGAUAACUUGCCCCUCCUCUCCCACUUUCUGCCAGUCCCUACCUUAGUGAUAAUCUCAGGAUUAAGUCACAGGAGCCUAAAUGUGACCUUCAUGUAAGCUCCUUUGUAGACUGCGAGGUAAGCAGGUUCUAAUAAAUGCAAGAGUUGCGGGACUCGAGCUAUCUAGACUUGAACUUGCUUAUCAUAGGUGGAAGAAGUGCAUGAUAGUAAGUUAAGUGUUCAGUGGGACUAGAGUUUCAUUUCUAAAAAAGGAUAACUCAUUAAUGUCAUUGAAUAUGGUUUAAAUAAUGCUUUUUGCCACAAUAAAAUGUCACUGAACCAUU